AUGGAUCCACUACCACUGUGUUCAGAUAAUCCAAACUACUUUAACGAAGAUGCCGCGUCCGCUGCGGGCGAGGAACCGGUGGAGCAGAAGAAGCACCGAUUCUACCAUCUAAAACGACUGGUGACCUACUCGAAGCUGAAACGCACCGCCACGAUCGCGGAGAGCGGGAGCACACGGGCGGAGUACGCAGAUUCGCCUUCACCGAACCGUGGCCCCUCUACCCCCGGUACGAUCUUUCGCUACCGGAGCAACAGUGCGUCAUGCACGGGAAACGGCAUAUCGCUGGAUGGGCCGUUCCUGGAGGAUGGUGCACCGCGGAUGAUGCGUCCAGCAACAGCAGCAGCAACAUCCCCACCCGAGCUGUCACUAUUGCCGCCAUUUGCCAGCGGACGUGCGGGGACAUUGCCAGAGCGGCGCCGACAUUCCUUCGGGACGUCGACUCAUCGCCUACAGCUACAGCAGCCGACGCAACAGCAUCAGAUGGAGCACAAUGGCGGCCGCGAACUGAUGAUGAAAAAUGAAACCUCCAUCGAUGAGGUACCUGACGUUCCGGCCCCCAAAGCACCCUGUCAGCCGGCUGGCAAGACUUCCGAUUCCGGAACGCUGCUGGCGGCUGCAAUGGACGUGCUGUUCGUGACGGCACGCCACAGCGAGCAUGGUAUGCUGUGGGUGAACCAUCUGAAGGUGUGCUUCGACAAGAUCACCAAACAGCGUGGAAGGCUACCAUUCAAAUUUCUGCACAUCAAGCUGGAUGAAGAUGUAGUACAGCAACCAACACACGUGAUACAACAAUGCGAAUCCACCAAGCUACAGAUCGUAGUCGUCUGUCCGGCGCUAAUGGGACUCUCACCCUCCCUGCUUCACUCCAAGCUCAACACACUGCUUACACCGAAUCGUGUCCUUGGCAUGCUGCUAGACGUGUCCGAGUGUGCAGUGAACGAAUUCGCCAAGAUCGCCCUGCCCUGCUAUAAUCGGUGGCGGACCUGUCCGGUGCGUGAAAAGGAUACGGCGUUCGUAAGCGAACUGUUGGGCAUUGCUACCGACAUUCUUGGCAAGGCGCUACGGCAACAAACCAUCCUACAGCGCACGCCAUCCGGCACGGAACCGAAAACACCUACCACACCGACCGGGCCAGCCGGUGCUGGAAACCUUGGCGGUGCAGUAGCAGGCAGCACAGGUAGCAACCAUCGUUCCCACGAAUCUUUUGUGCUGUUCCCGCGCAAGGUAAAGGUGGGCCAGAGCAAGAUCCUGCUGAUCCUGCACGAACCGCUCACGAAGGAGGACUGGGUAAAGAUCAAGGUGGAAAAGGCGGACCAAACGAUCGAGAUAACGAACAUCAAGCGGCGCAAUCCCUACACCAUACAGUUCAGUGUGCCAGAGGUUUGCAUGGAGAUAUCGAUGAUGAUUAAGAUACGGCUGGAGAAGAAUAGUGUCGAUCUUGGCAGUCGGCCACUGAAGUGCGAGAGCCAGAUGCGCGAGCUGGAACAGAUCCUGUCGUCGAAGGAUGCACCGAUGGAGUUAAUCUGUCAGUCGGUCGGUCUGUCGACGAACGAUCGGGACAAGUUGGAUCUGUUGCUGCUGAAGGCUUUCCUGCGAAACGUCCCACCGAACUACAAUCUGCUGAACUAUGGUAGCGGAGGCGGUGAAGUUGGGAUGGGCUACCAUCGUGACAUCUAUCCGGAAGAAUAUCCGACACUUUUGCACUUUGCCGCCAGAUGGGGCCUGGAGCGACUGUGCAUGCAGCUGAUCGAAUCGCCUGGAGGUGAGAUUGCGUGCGAGAUGCGUAAUAUUAGUGGACGGACACCGUCGGAUAUUGCGGAGGUGGCUGGACACUACAAAAUCUCGAGCGCGUUGAAGAAUUUCUCCCAAAUGAACGAACUUACCACGAUGUACCACUACUUCAAAGGCGUAAGCGGAGCCGGUGCUGAUCAGGUGAUGAUACAACCGAAGCAGUUUGGCGCUACUUCAAGCGUCCCACCAAUUCGCACACAGAACAAAACGGACGCCGAGAAGAUUUUGUCCCAUGUCCACGCACUCAAGCAAGCGGAAGGAUAUAUCGACAUGAACUGUGCGAACGGUUCCGACCAGGUGGAUGGUGCGAGUGUUGCAAACAUCCAUUAUUUGAACGAUCGACCUUUGGCCGAGCUGACACCGCCAGGACCGGACGAGAAAGAUGUUUGCGGUGAAAACGAGCACAAUUUUGAUGUGGCCCGUGACACGGACCGACGUUGCAAUGGCUCCCUACGCUCAAUGGAUUCAUCCGAACGGUCCAAGUGCGACAUCUUCAGCAACGAGUGUUUGGAUCUGUUGGAAAACUGUGAGGCCGGGUCAACCGCAUCGGCAGAAUGUGUCGGCAGUGGGGGAGACUACAUGCUGCAACCCUCAAACGCACCCUUCACACCGUCCGACCACACACCAACACCACCGCCACCCCUACCAACCACAGCGGAACCGAUGGGCGAUUAUAUGAUACAACCGUCCAACAUUCCGGUACACCCGUACUGCAACGUGCCGGAAGUGGUCGAUCGAACCGAACGUCCCGAAUCGGCCUCGCACGUGCGGCUAAGCUUCCGCAAGGAAGAAUCGACCGAAGAUACUUACGGUACGACGACUGCCGGCUUACCGCGACGCCGAAACACAUCCAGCUCCGAGGGCCGCACGGUCGACGACGAGCUGUUGGAGAUCAUAUCCGACUUUAAGAAUAACGUGUUCUCGAUACAGGAGGUGGAGCAGCUCGUAACGCUGUGGAAGAACCGUAACGAUGUGCAGAAAAGCUUCCGCGAAAAGCAGGACCAGCUGCAGCGAAUGCGUGAACACUACGAGCAAAUACAGAAGGAGCUAAAGGACAAGCUGAAGCGUCCGACACCGUUCGAGCGGAUGAGAAGCUUCUUCUCGCGCACAAAACCCGCCACAGCGAUGGGCACCAACAAAUCGGGAUCGAACAAGCAUCGGGGCGCGAAUGGAGGAACGGUGGCAGGCAAUGGGUCGAACGAGCCUACCGGCACUGAUGUGUGCGAUGAGAUUAAGUUCUCGAUGGCGGGUGGUGGUACGGCUAAUGGAGGAUAUGCGGUAGUACGACCGCAAAGCCUCUCGCUCAGCAUGAACAGUAUGGCAAGCGAUAAUUCAGAGCAGAGCAGUGGUCGGAUGUCGGCCUGCACAUCGGUACACACGCCGACGGAGAGUGGCGCCAGUGAGCGACGCCUUUCGCACAGCAAAUCUUGGCCGAAAGGAACGCCCGAGAACGAGAACUACAUGGUGCCACCGUCACCGCGACCGAUCAGCGAGGAGUUGCAUCUGGUGCGGGGUGUGCGGUUGGGUAGCGGUACGCUCGUCGGAUCCCUUAACCGUUGCAGCAACGGUAGCUGCUCGAGUACUGCCAGCAGCCACAGUAACCACAGCAGCCAUAGCAGUAGCAGUAGCAGUGCGGGCUCGUGGGCUGGUGGAGCAAAGCACGAAUCACACUACGUAAUGUAUCCGUCGAAUGUGCCGGUGUGCGGGAGCGCGGAGUACAUGAACGUACCGGCAGCAUCCGGGACGCACACCAAAGAUGAUGCCAUUACGGCAGCGGCACGACCGAAGCUGGGACGUACGCCGAGCGAUACCGGUACGCCACACCUCGUCACCUUCCAGUCCAUAAUGGAGUGUAACGAAAGCGCCGACAGUGUGGAAAGCGUCACCUAGCGGCGGCU